AUGGCGAAUGUGUUCGAGUGCGUGGUAAGUGGCACUGGGAGUCGUUGGAUGGUAGGCACCCUGAUCCUGACGCAUUUGAUAGCGUACAAUGAAGCCGGUGGGCCUGGUUCUAUGAUAGGCAUGGGUCUGGCUGCCCUCUACGCCGCAUUCGCCGGAGCCUGCAAAUCUGGCGUCAAAUCGCUGCAGAUCUCCUACAUCCGCACCACUCACCGGGUCGACUUCUUCUGCCUGUUCCUCGCCAAGUGGAUGGACAUAUUGGCCCUGUUUUCCGCCUGUGCGGUUCUGGUGCGAACGCUAAGCUCUUCGCUCGACGCCAUGACCGGUGGAUUGGCGAGGAUGUAUAUUUUAGGACGAAACUCACCAGCCAACGAGCCGUGGCCCGACGUCAUCGGCGUCGUAGUCAUCUUCAUCGUCACCGGAAUGUUCAUGCUCGGACUGGAGAACACCAGAAUCUUUGGCUUUCUCAUGAUGGCCGGAGUGCUGCUCGUCGGUUCGCUCGUUGUCAUCAUCACAAGCCUGCGGGGCAACCUGGCUCUGUUCCGCACCGAACCGAUCCUUCCAAAGGGAGUAGUUGGGCUCCUCUCCGGGACGGCCCUGUCGACGUUCACUUACUCGAACGAUUUACUAAACGGUAAUUACAUCAAACGUCUCCUGGGAUUGGUCGUUAUCCUGCUAGUUUUACUAUCGAGCGAGCUAGUCGGUGCGUGCUUAACGAUGCUGAUAAAAUUCAGCUCCAGCCACGACUACGAGGCGGUUCCGAUUCUCUCCAUCCUGGAGCUGAAGGACUUUCACAAACUGAUCCCGGCCGUUGCCUGUCUGCUCGUUCUCACCUGCUCCGGUGCGCUGCUGGAACUGUUCCCCGAAAUGUACACUCAGAUCGUGCAGUUGACUACGUCGGACUGGCGCAUUUUAGCCAAACAGAUUGGAUACGAGAAUCGGGACAGUGGUAGUCCAACGUUGACCAUCUUCACCGGUGGCAGCUUGUGUGCCAUGCUGGCCUUCGCUUGUCCGCUGGAGAACCUCACCUACAUCCUGGCAGCUAGUAACAUUCUGGCCACGCUUCUGAGGUCCUUUCACUUCCUUUAUCUGCCUUUUCGGCCUCACUAUCUGGAGCAACAAAAUGAGUCCAGCCUCGCAUACAGUCGUUUAAACACUGGCAAACCUACGACUACAUCUAAUGCUCCGGUGAACUCCAGUAACGGGUUGCGAUCGAGCCGAAGAAGUCUCUGGUGCUUCAAGACACCUCGAUUCUACGCCUCUACGACAGCUCUAGCACACCACGUGCUCUCGGGAAAUCGUGGAACAGUGUCAACCUCGCACGGAUUCAACCGGGAAGAACACGAACGUGAGUGGUUACUAUUGGGUGAACCGUCCUCACCGAAGGGUCCACCACAUACUCCACCGAACAUCGAAUCGACGGUUCUGUCAGAUCAAAUCUCAGACAUCGAGUGCAUCGCGCUGGCGAAACCAGAAAAUAUGGACAGUGAGGACAGCUCCACGGAUAUUGACGCCAUCGUGGACGAGUACCGGCAGAAGGUGACUGUUUCGACGGCAGGCUACAGUUCGGUCGGUGACUCACUUAGACUCCCGACGGCGAACAGUUGGUACUUGGCGAUCAUUUUCAUCGUACUAAUCAUGCUUGGGAGUGUCAUCACCGCCACAGGGCUUAUGCUGUGGGACACCAUCAUGAUCAUUGCGGGAGUGAACGUGGUGUUCAUUCCCGCCACCAUUCUGCUGCUCUUUCCGAGGUACGACCAAACGAACUCCUCAUCAACACCCGCCAUGAUGACCUGUGUCGUUACUGUGCUGGCUUCGUUCAUCCUCUUCUCGGCAUCAUUCGCCCAGUCAUGGCCUGCUUUACUCCUGUGGUUUCUGGCAGGUCUGUUUCUGUUCAUUCGAUGUGACACCUGGUGCUGCCUGUGUCUAGAUCGGCCCAGCAGUGGCCAGACGACUCUCAUCACCAGUGUAUCCUCGUCCAAGGCAACAUCGAUUCGCGUUCCACGACCACCAAAGGGCACUAUCAUCCAAGCGCGCAUCGCUGGCCACAGCUGA